UUAACCAAUCAAUGUUUUUUGUCUCACAUCAGACGUCAAUGAUUGGUCAGGAAUGGUGACACUUAUUCCUGCACUCUUUAAAUUCACUUCUGUUCUGGUCUGUACCUUUACCACACUUAAGAUAUAGUAAGAACAAGAAGUUCUUAUAUUAUAAUAAUCCAAUUAUUUCUUGUUUUCAAUAGUAUUGCUUAAAUAUGGUUGAGCAAUUUGUUGGGAAAUGGAAAAUGACUUCAAGUGAGAACUUUGAUGAAUACUUAAAGGCUGUAGGUGCUGGUUUUGCUUUCCGGCAAAUAGCAAGCCUUGCAAAACCCAACGUGACAUUUGUUGUGGAUGAGCAGGGUUUCAUCUUCAUGAAAGCUGUUACUUCAUUUAAGACCUUUGAACUCAAAUUCAAAUUAGAUGAAGAAUUUGAUGAGGCAACGGCAGGCGGCAAGAAAGCGAAGAAUACAAUGAGCCUUGUGGAUAAUAAACUUAUUCAAAAACAGACCUGGGAGGGCAAUACCACAACAAUCGAAAGAGAGAUUAAAGACUCAAAACUGAUAGUGACAUGUACCAUGAAUGAUGUGGUCGCUAUCAGGACUUAUGAGAGGGAUGAAUGACUGCCUGAACUCCUGAUUUUAAUAUGGUUUAACUUUACUGCCUCUUUAAUUCAGUGUCCAACAGAAUUUGUUUUGUUGCAAGAAAAAAUGGUUUAUAAGUACAAU